AUGAGAUCCCAAAUGAGCAGAGUAGAAGAAUUGUUAAGCGCAAUCCAAUUGGAAUUCAACAACGUAUCACAAGAAGUGCAAUCCUUGACCAUCCAAAACCAAAAAGAUUUCGAACUAAAACUAAAUCAUCAAGUCAAUGAAUUACAACAAAUGAGAAAUACAGUCUACGAAUUGGAAUUGACACAUAGAAAAGUUAAAGAAUCCUACGAAGAAGAAAUCAAUAGACUGAAACUAGAAAUAUCCCAAAGAGAUCACCAGAUCUCUUCAAUUAGCACAUAUCAACCACAAGAUAAUAAAUCACAACAACAACAACAGGGACAACCUCCACAGAUACAGCAACAACAACAACAACAAACAAUACCGCAAUAUGGCGCCCCUCCUCCACAACCUACUUCAACUACAUUCAGUGCAAUCAGAGGUGAUGCUACACAUCUACCAAAAUUAAACGCAAUGCAAACGUCUCAUGAAAACUCAUUACCUACUGUAGCAGCUGCCGCCUCUGCAGCUGCCGGCGACCAAAAGGACUAUGGCCAACCAACACAACUACCAUCUGUAUCUAUACAAAACAAAGGUGCCAGUUCAUGA